AUGAUGAUGAUGAUGAUGAUGAUGAUGAAGAAUCCCAACUCACCCCGAAGAUCCAAGUCCAUGAAACAUAAAAAUGGGGAGCUGAGUGGGAACUUGGACCCGUUUAAGUACAACAACUCUGCCGGAGUCAAUUAUGAAACCCUGGGCCCCGAGGAGCUCCGCACGUUGCUCACCACCGAAUGUGGGGUGAUCUCUGAACAUACCAAGAAGAUGUGCACACGGUCUCUGCGCUGCCCCCAGCACACGGAUGAACAGCGGAGGUCAGUCAGGGUCUACCUCCUGGGACCCUCUGCCUCACUUCCCGAGACGGAAGGAAGUAUGGAGAACGAGAGUUUCGACGUGGCCGAGAGCCAGGCCCUCAUGAGCCGACUGCAGUGGGACGGGUCUUCAGACAUCUCGCCCUCUGACUCCGCCUCCUCGAAAGCAAGUACAAACAACUCAGAGUCCCGAAAAACCAAAAAGAAGAAGCCUCACAUGAGCCUGGUCGGAGGGGCUCCUGGAAUGAGCUCCAACAAGAAGAAGCUGAAGCCGAAGCCGCUGGCCCCUCCUACCCCCAGCCUCUACGACGACAUCAACUGAGUGACUGAGACCAGGGACAGCCAGGAAGAAGGGGGGCAGGGGGACACGCUUCAGCCCCUUUGGACCCGGCACGGAGGAGUGGAGAUCAGACUACGUCUCCCCCUCUGCAUGUCUCCCCGUCCCUCCUCACCCCUACCCCUUCCAGCUCACCUUCGUGUCCGUUGGAUGUGGAACGCAAGCACUGGACUA